AUGAAUAGCCAAGACGAAAAUAGUAAGAGAAAACAUUUCAUCGGCAGCAUCGGCGCCAUCAUAGAUUCUGGCACUCGUGCUGGUAAAGAAGAGAGAAUAGCUGUAGAAAUAGCAGUAGAAGAUCUCUUUCACUCUGCCAGCUACAACCCAGUUCUGCACGUAAGAGAUUCCCAUGGGAAUCCCCUUCGAACAGCUUCCGCCGGUAAUUUAUUCGAGUCAAUGUUUAAUCUUUUUUCAGUGGUAGAACUCAUUAACAAGGACCAAGUUCAAGCAAUCGUCGGCCUGCUGACUUGGCAGGAAGUGGCGUUAGUCGAUGAGAUGGAUGAAAGAUCCAAACAAGUGCCGAUCAUUUCGUUAGCAGAGCUGGCGGUGACCCCACCAUCAGCAUCUCUCCGAUGGCCUUCAUUAGUUCAGAUGUCGACCGAUAUCUCCAUACAAAUGCAAUGCGUGGCCGCCAUCAUCCGUUCAUAUCGUUGGCGAAGAGUAAUCGCAAUAUAUGAAGACAAGGCCUAUGGUGGGGAUCCUGGAAUUAUCACCCUUCUCUCUGAUGCCCUUCAAGACGUGGGAUCGGAGAUUGAACGGUACUCGGCUCUACCGCCUUUCACUUCUCUAUCCAACCCAAAAACCGUCAUCCGAGAAGAACUAGAGAAAUUGAAGAACAGUAGUCAUUGCACGGUCUUCAUCGUCUUGCGAUCAUCACAGCCGUUAGCGGGACAUCUCUUCACCGAGGCGAAGAAAAUGGGAAUGAUGAAGAAAGGUUAUGUAUGGAUAGCUACCGAAACCAUUACAAGUCUCCUCGAUUCCGUCAACUCCUCCACCAUCUCUUCAAUGCAAGGCGUUAUUGGAAUCAAGACCUACUUCUCUGAAUCCAGUCCAUCAUUUCAAGACUUUUACUCAAGAUUUCGGCGGAAGUUCAGAACAGAAUAUCCAGAAGAAGAAGAACCAAAUCCAGAUCCAGGAAUCUCAGCCCUCCGUGCUUACGAUGCUGUGUGGGCCAUCAAUCAUGGAACUAAUAACAAAUCGAGCUCUGGCAGAAGCUUAUUAGACGGAAUCUUAUCGAGCAAUUUCAAGGGACUGAGCGGCGAAAUCCGAUUCAAAGACGGCAAGUUAGCAAAUGCGCCCGUUUUCCAGAUCGUGAAUGUGGUCGGAAGGAGUUACAGAGAGAUCGGACACUGGUCGCCAUUAUUCGGUUUCUCCGAGCAUGCGACCCGAGAAGGAAGUGCUGAGUUAGGACCGGUGUUCUGGCCCGGUGGCCCACCUUCAGUUCCAAGAGGAUGGACGGCCACGAUCGAUUUGGUGGCUGAUGAAAAGAUGCUGAGGAUUGGGGUACCAGCGAAAUCGGCUUUCACUCAGUUUGUGAAGGUCAGAUACGAUGAGUCUCGGAACGAGACAUACGUUACUGGAUUUUCUGUGAGAGUGUUUGAAGCUGCUGUGAAGCGUCUGCCGUAUCGUUUGCCAUACGAGCUCGUCCCCUACAAUGGCUCCUACGACGAAAUGGUGCAACAGGUGUACCUCAAGGUCAGUUUCGUAAUUUUAACGAGCUACUGUAUUGAGGCCAACAGAAUGGCCCACCAAACCUCUCUACUGAUAAUACUGACAACGAGAGUUGCAUCGUUGGAGCAGAACUUUGAUGCAGCGGUCGGCGAUACGGUAAUCAUGUCCGACCGAUAUCAGUACGCAGAAUUCUCACAGCCGUACAUCGAAUCCGGACUAACGAUGGUGGUGAAGGUUAAGCCGGAGAAAAUGCGGAGGGCCUGGAUGUUCAUGAAGCCGUUCACGAAAUCGAUGUGGGUCCUGAUCGGAGCAAUGAACUUAUUGGUUGGAACGGUGAUCUGGUUAAUCGAGAGAGACACCAGCGUCGAGUUCGGCGGUGGCACGUUUGGCGACCAGAUCGGGACAAUGCUCUGGUUCGCAAUUUCAACCAACUUCUUCGCACACAGGGAGCCGCUUCAGAGCAACCUAUCGCGGCUGGUGGUGGCGACAUGGCUCUUUGUAGUUCUCAUCCUAACAUCAAGCUACACCGCCAAUCUGUCAUCGAUGCUCACAGUAUCAGAUCUUGGACCGAGCGUCGCCGACGUCGCUUUCCUCAAGAGGACUCAAGCAGCGGUUGGGUGCAAUGGAAACUCCUUCAUAGUCAAGUAUUUGGAGGUGCUGGGCUUCAGCCCAUAUAACAUUAAGAGAAUCGCGUCCAUUGAUGACUAUCCUGAGGCGCUAUCCAACGGUGAGAUUGCCGCGGCCUUCUUCGUGGCCCCACAUGCCAGGGUAUUCCUUGCCAAAUACUGUAAAGGCUACACUAUGGCUGGACCUUCCUACAAGCUCGGCGGAUUUGGAUUUGUGUUUCCAAAGGGGUCGUCAUUGUCAUCCGAUGUAUCAGAGGCGAUCCUACAAGUAACGGAGAGCGGAGAAAUGCAGGAGUUAGAGAAAGGACUGCUAUCCUCUUCCAAGUGCUCGAUAUCAACGUCCACCGUAGAUGAUAUACACAGUUUCGGUGUGAGUGCCUUCUGGGGUCUCAUCCUCAUUGUAGUUAGUGUUUGUGUUGGUGCACUUGUUGUAUUCUACCUGGGACGCCAACUCCCAAAGUAUAUGGAGCUUUGGAGGUCCAUGAUGUUGAUGGACCCAACGAUAUGGAGGUGGGCAUUGGGCCCCAUUUCUUCCUACUAUAUGAAAUCCAGGAUCCUACUUCCCGUGGGCCGUCCGAGCUCAGGGACUGCCUGCUGACGGAUCUACUGUCCUAAGAAGAUGGCCAUUGUCGAGCAUGACAAUGCAGAUCGAUGUUGUCCGCAGGAUAGGGUCACCAACAAUAGAUAGUGUUCUGUAUGCGUGCAUGUUGGGGUAUUGUAUUGUAGCUGGAUACUGUGUAUAUAUAUUGUAUAAUGGGGUUUCUUGGACCUCCACCCAUCAUAAGGUGGCCCACUAUUUGGACGGUCCAGACUAA